AUGGUCUUCGAACUCGCCCGCCUACCGCCCGAGGUCCGGCAGCUCGUCUGGGAGGCUACCCUGCCCGGGCCGCGCAUAUUUCACGUCAGCGAGCUCGCCGCGCCCCCGACAUCCGACAACAGCGACAAGGACGACAAGGACGACCGGCCGACGACGCUGCUGGACUUUCACAUCCGCCACCCGCCGCCCGCGAGCCACGGCAUCUGUCGCGAGUCGCGCGCCAUCACGCUGCUGCGCGGCUUCUUCUUCUCCUCCUCCGCCGCCGGGCCGUGGUUCAACCCGCGGCGGGACAUGCUCUACCUGGACCGCAACAUGCGUCACCGCCUCAACACCACCCGGACGCCGGUGCCCGGUUUGGAUCGGGUGCUGCACGUCGGCCUCGAGUGGCGCGCCUGGUUCCGCGACGUGCCGCGGCCUCCGUCGUCAAGCGGCAUCAGCAGCCACGACGGCGAGGGAGCGUCAGGCCGCCGGUGGCGCGCGGCGAUGGCGCCGCUGCUGCUCCGCCACUGCCGCGGUCGAGGGCGGCGCACUGGUGCUGGGUGCCGGCGCGCCGGGGACGGCGCUAGCGCAGAUCGGUGGCGGGAGCGCGCCGGUGGAGUGGCGCGUCAUACGGAGGCAGAUGCAGGCGGCGGUCGGGGAAGCGCUGCGGGAGGACGGCGAGAGAGGUAG